AUGAAAUCAAAUCCUAAAAUGAAACACGAUGUGUUCAUAAGUUUCAGGAGCAAAGACACUCGUGACAAUUUCGUAAGCCAUCUAUGUGGUUGUCUACGUAGGAAACGGAUCAAAACCUUUUUAUAUGACGAAGUACCAAUCGAAGAGAGAUAUAAAGAGUCGUUAAAAGCAAUCCAAGUAUCGAGAGUUUCAGUGAUUGUGUUCUCGGAGAACUUUGGGGAUUCAAAAUGGUGUUUGGAUGAAGUUGUAGCCAUCUUGAAAUGCAAAGAGGUGUUUGGUCAGAUUGUGAUACCUGUCCUUUACCAUGUUGAUCCUCUCGACAUUGAGAAUCAGACAGGAAGCUUUGGAGAUGCCUUUGCUAAGCGACGGGAUAAAGCCGAGCAGCUUCAAGAAUGGAAAGAUGGUUUUGCAAAAGCCAUUAACCUCCCCGGAUGGAGUACUGCACAUUUGAGAGAUGAAGAGAUAUUGGUGAAUGAAAUAGCUCGUGACAUCGAAAGAAAACUUCUAAGAGCUUCAAGAACAAAGGUCAUAAUUGAGUGGUCUCUAGUUAUCACCAACCUCAUGUUGGAAAUACCUUCCUCUGUUUUUGACCAGAUCUCUUCGACUCACAAACCUUUCUACGCGUUGGCUGCUAUGUCAAUGUCAUUGUUAUCUUGUCUACUUUGCGUUGUGGAUCUCUUUCACAAAGGAAGAGUUGAGAGAGUUUUGUGGAAGUGGACUUGGCCUAUUCCUUGGUUUCACUAUCCAACUCAAAGAUCAAAUCGAUUCGGUAGCUUUCCAGAGAUGGUUGGAUUGCUUUGCGCCUUGUGUCAAACCAUUCUCACAACCAUUAACUAUUCAUUCAUCAUACAUAGAGCUGAUACUCCCAUUAAAUUCUCGGUUUGGCCAAUCAUGUUUGCGCUUGGUUUACUUUGCACUUUGUUUAUCAAACGAUCUAACUAG